AUGGACAUCAACGCCAUUGAAGGAACCGUUGAAGGCACUGAAGGCGUACCACUUCCGUUUGACGACAAGAGCGAUCAAGACGGCUUUGGAGCUGUAAUCCCCACGCUCGGCAUCUCUGCCGAGAAAGUGACGGAUGAUCAAAUCGAUGAGAUUGCCGAAGAAUCACCCCUUACAGGAGAGGUGCAAGAUGGUCUCAUUUCUCAAGGAGACCCGCAAGCAUCAGAAGUGGCAGUCACAGAUACGCUUGAGCACACGACGGCGGUAGUGCAACCUGAGACCGUCGCCAUCAAGGAGACAUCUCCUGAGGAUGGAUCUUUGGAUGCUGCAACCGCGGUCGUCUCAGAAGAGCUCCCAGUGAAGGAGUACCUGGAUGCAACAGUGGUGCCAGUCCUCAGGGAUGGGCUGCGCAUUCUGGCCAAGCAAAGGCCAGAGGACCCAUAUGAGUUCUUGGGAGACUAUAUCAAGGCAUACAAGGGCCCUGGGCGGACAGAAUCAUCCGUGUGA